AGGAGUUAAAUUGAAAGAUACAGGAGCAUGUAUCAAUCUCGAUCAUGAAGAUGAAGAGCAUAUUGAUGGUGGAAGCAAAAUGAUUGAUGAUGAUACUAACAGAGAUAAAGAUGCUUGUAUUGAAAAAGGAUUGAAAAAGAAAGCUAUCACUAAGAAAAAGAAACCUUCUAACAUUGAGAAUGCUAUACCUUUGUCAACUGUGAUGGAAGGAAAGAAGGGGAAUGAGUCUUCUUCUUCACAUGCUAUUGUUUUGCCAGCUAAGAAGAGAAAGUUGGAUGAAAAUGAAGGUCUUAAAGUGAAGAAAGUGAAGGCAAAUAAGGAUAAGAACAUUGUGAUUCAUAGGCAAGAAUCUGCAAUCAUAGAUAGUGAUGUACAUAUGUAAGUGAAUAUUUGUUUCUUUUUUUUGAAGUUUUGUUUAAAAAAAAGGUCACUAUGCUAUAAAAAGAGGCUACUAUUUUGGUUUCUUUUGUUUAUCUUUUCGUAUGUCUUGUUACAGGGUGCAACAAGGAUUUAAAACACGUUGCAGGCCAUUUCAUUUAGUAGAGAUGAUUAAAACUUUUUCAGAUGAUCAAAUCAAGGCUGUUAAAGAAAUUGGCUUUGGAGGUUUGUUAUCUUUGAAGGUUAAAUGGAGGUCUCAUUUUGGUCUUAUGGGUGAGAAUGAUCAGAUUCCUUUGGGUUUUUUGGAAUCUAAGAUCCCUUUACUAGUAGAUGGCGGGGAAGAAUUCAGACAGCUUUUUAUCAUGCAUGCUUUUUCAAGUUUUUUAGCACCUACGUCCAACAGAACUGUGGAUUUGAGAAUUGUAAAAUGUUUGGUUGAUGUUAAUCAAAUAAGAAUUUAUAAUUGGUCAAAAUAUGUCUUAGAUAGACUUUGUGAAGCCGUGAAGAGCUACAAAGAAGGAAAUAUAGAAUGGUUUUGUGGUUGUGUUUUGAUGUUAGAGAUUAUCUAUUUUCAUCGAUUGAGGUUUAGGAAUGUUGUGUUAAAUUCUACAAUACCUUUAAUUCAACAUUGGACUGAUGUGGAUAUAAGAGAUAGAAUUAGAAAUGAAAAGUUGUCCAAGGGUUUUGGGUGUGGAAUUCUUGAGUUUGAUACAUAUCCAGUGAGUGAGAAGUUGCAAUUUGAGGAUGGACAAGUUGUUUGUAAUCAAUUCAAGGAAGCUCCUGUGAAUCAAACUUCUGGAAAAGAAUCUGUUGUUUAUGAAGGUGUCCGUAGCAAUGUUAAGGGUGUUAUUCAGUUUGAGCUACCUGCCAGUUCAAUGUCUAAUGAGGAAAUCCGUUCAAUUGCUAUUGAUGAAGUUUAUGAGAAGUUUUUGCUCAUGAAAAGAGAUUUAGAAGUGGUAUCUAACUUCUACAUGAAUGAGUUGAAAGUGUUAUUUCAGACUCGUAAAUCUAAUGAUGCUUCAACUUCGACACCUCCAAUGUCCCAAACUGAUUUAUUCUUUAUGAAUCCUCGUGUUCAUGAAAUUGUUGAUGAGAUUGUGUCUCUUGUAAAUUGGGUAAGCAAAGUGCCUAAUGGUUUGGAUGAUGAUGAUAUUGAUGAUAAUGGUGCACCUGCAAAAGAGAUUAAUGUUGUAGUUGGUGAGGUUCCAAGGAUAGGUUUUGAGCAUGUUUUGAGUAAUGGAAAAUCUAAAUGCUCCCUUGCUAUGGAUGUUAGUCUCUUUGGUGAUAAAGUUACAUAUGUAACUGAAUAUAUGAAGUCAAGUAAUAAGGAUAUGAAGGUUUUGGAUGCAGUUGUCCAGGAACUUGUUGACUACUGCAUUAGUGAUUAUCAUGGUUUCGAUCUCAAUGAGGUGUUGGUAUCUUUUGGCAAACCAUUUGAGAUUACAAGGAAUGAAUUCCUUUCAUUAGGUGCACCGGCUAUUGCUAUAUCUUCUGUUAUUAUUGAUUGUUGGGCUAUGUUGCUUAAUGAAAACCAGAAGAGUAGUGCACAUGGACCUCAAAAACUAUAUUUUGGUGUUUCUCAAAGUGUAAGUAUCUUUCGGCUAUUUAGUUACUACAUCAUUAUAAUGGUAGUUGUUCAUUAUAAAAAAUUCAUAAAUUAAUUUCACUAUGUAUUGAAAACAGUCACUAUGAUUCAUAAAUUAAUUUCACUAUGCAAUGAAAACAGUCACUAUGUAAUGCAAGUAAUUACAUUUAAGAAAAAUAACUCUACCUUCUAAUUUUUUUAAUAUUUAUUAAUGUUUGUUCUUUUUUAGG